GGCGUGGCAGCGCAUUCGCGCCUCCAGAGGCUGGCGUAGGGCCGUCGGGGCGGCUAUUUCAAAUUCAGUGGCAUCCCGACCCGAUCCGUGGUCUGGUGGGCCUUUGCGAAGCGGUCUUGCUGGCGCAGAGGGACCAUGGCUAAUAACACGCAGGAGGCUGGUGGCAUCCACUUCCCUUUUCCCUUCACUCCCUACUCCAUCCAGAAAGACUUCAUGGCAACGCUGUACCAGGUGUUGGAGGCUGGCAAGAUUGGGAUAUUUGAGAGUCCAACUGGCACUGGGAAGUCCCUGAGUCUCAUUUGUGGAGCCCUCACCUGGCUCCGUGAUUUUGAACAGAGAAAACGUCAAGAAGAGGCAUGUCUCCUUGAACCUGGAACCCGGCCCUUAUGUGAUGGGAAGGACCCACUCCCCUCCCCCUCACCUUCCUGCCAGGAGACCCCAGAGGCCCUGAGACCGACCGGAGAACCAGACUGGGUGACUCAGUUUGUGCAGAAGAAAGAAGAGAGGGACCUGGCGGAUCGGCUCAAGGAGGAGCAGGUGCGAAGGAAGCGGCGGGAGGAGCGCCUGCAGCAGGUCCGCCACAACGCGCAGCUCAGGUUUGCAGCCAAGCGCCUGAGGCAAGAGGAAGAAGAGACCGAGAGUCUGCUCCGCCUCAGCAGGGAAAUGCUGGCUGUAGGCUCGGGGACCGCCCAACUAGAGCAGCUGGAGUCUGGGGAGGAGGAGCUGGUCCUUGCCGAGUACGAGAGCGACGAGGAAAGGAGAACAGCCAAUGGAGUGGAUGAGGAUGAGGAUGAGGACGGCCUGGAGGAGGAGCACGUGACUAAGAUUUACUACUGCAGUCGGACGCACUCCCAGCUGGCCCAGUUCGUGCACGAAGUCCAGAAGAGCCCCUUUGGCAAGGAAACCCGACUCGUGGCUCUCGGCUCUCGGCAGAGCCUCUGUGUCAACGAUGACGUGAAAGUCCUGGGUUCUGUGCAGCUUAUCAAUGACCGCUGUGUGGAGAUGCAGAGAAGCAGACUUGGCAGGAAGGACGAAGCUGAGGAGGAGAAGCCCAAGAGGAGGCGGCGGGAGGCCGGGCCCGCCUGUCCCUUCCACAACUAUGAGCAGAUGCAGCUGCUUCGGGACGAGAUCCUAGUGGAGGUGAAGGACAUCGAGCAGCUGGUGGCCAUAGGGAAGGAGGCCCGGGCCUGCCCCUACUAUGGGAGCCGGUUUGCUGUUCCCGCAGCUCAGCUGGUGGUGCUGCCCUACCAGAUGCUGCUACAUGCGGCCACGCGGCAGGCCGCCGGCAUCCGGCUGCAGGGCCAGGUGGUGAUCAUCGACGAGGCCCACAACCUGAUCGACACCAUCACAGGCAUCCACAGCGCGGAGGUCAGCGGCGCCCAGCUCUGCCAGGCCCAUUCCCAGUUGUGCCAGUAUAUGGAACGAUACGGGAAGCGUCUGAAGGCCAAGAACCUGAUGUACAUUAAGCAGAUCCUGUACCUGCUGGAGAAGUUCGUGACCGUGCUGGGGGGGAACAUUAAGCAGAAUCCCAGUGCACAGAGCCUCUCGCAGUCAGGGACGGAGCUGAGGAGCAUCAACGACUUCCUCUUUCAGAGCCAGAUUGACAACAUCAACCUGUUCAAGGUACAGGCUGUCGAUUUCCUCCUCACCAGCCCUGUGGGCACGGCGCUGUCAGGAAGGUACAGCCCUGUCCCCUGGACCUGGCGGGGACACCCAGGACCCCUUCGCCUCAUUCCUGGGCAUGAAAGCCUUCCGCUAGGGUGGGGGGUGAGACCCUGCAGGUGGGGCCUGGCAAGACCUCGACCCAUUGCCCUCCUUCUCACCGUCGCUGCUCACUCCUCUCUGUCCCUUGCUCUCUUCCCAACCCAGCUCUUUGGCUUCACAGAGCGGUACGGAACACCCAUGUCGUCCUCCCGGGAGCAGCCCAGGCUGUCUGGAUUUCAACACUUUCUGCACAGCCUGCAGCCCGGGGUGGCUGAGGCUCCUGUAGUCCCCACAGAGGAGGCUCAGGCUGGCGCACCACGGCCCACUUCCCCGCUGAUGCACAUCGAGGGCUUCCUUGCAGCUCUCACCACUGCCAACCAGGACGGCCGGGUCCUCCUGAGUCGCCAAGGCAACCUCAGUCAGAGCAGCCUCAAGUUCUUGCUCCUGAACCCGGGCGUGCACUUCGCACAGGUGGUGAAGGAAUGCCGUUUUUUUUAAUGCCGAGCAGUGGUCAUCGCGGGGGGCACCAUGCAGCCGGUGUCUGACUUCCGGGAGCAGCUGUUGGCUUGUGCUGGGGUGGAAGCCGAGCGUGUGGUAGAGUUUUCCUGCGGUCACGUGAUCCCUCCAGACAACAUCCUGCCCCUGGUCAUCUGCAGCGGACCCUGCAGCCAGCCCCUGGAGUUCACGUAUGAGAAGAGAGAGCUGCCCCAGAUGAUGGACGAGACGGGCCGCAUCCUCUGUAACCUGUGUGGAGUGGUCCCAGGGGGCAUGGUCUGUUUCUUCCCCUCCUAUGAGUACCAGCGCCAGGUCCACGCCCACUGGGACAAGAGUGGCCUGCUGGCCCGCCUGGCCAUCAGGAAAAAAAUCUUCCAGGAGCCCCGGAGAGCAAACCAGGUGGAGCAGGUGCUGGCGGAGUACUCCAGGUGCAUCAGGAGCUGUGGCCAGGCAGGAACCGCAGUGACAGGGGCCCUGCUCCUCUCGGUGGUUGGUGGCAAGAUGAGCGAAGGGAUCAACUUUUCUGACGACCUAGGCCGGUGUGUGGUGAUGGUGGGCAUGCCCUACCCCAACGUGCGGUCUCCAGAGCUGCAGGAGAAGAUGGCCUACGUGGAUCAGACCAUGGUGAGUGCCCCGGAUGGGACCCCCGGGGAAGGCCGUGGUGGAGACCCUGUGUAUGAAGGCCGUCAACCAGUCCAUAGGCAGGGCCGUGAGGCACCAGGGGGAUUUCGCCAGCAUAGUGCUCCUGGACCAGCGCUACGCCCGCCCGGCUGUUCUGGCAAAGCUGCCCGGCUGGAUCCGAGACCGUGUGCAGGUCAAGGCCACCUUUGGUCCUGCCUUUGCUGCUUUGCGGAAGUUUCAUCGGGAGAAGUCGGGCCCCUGCUGAGGGGUGGCUACAUGGCCGCCUGCUACCAGGUUCUUCCUACACUGCCCGCGGGAGAUGGUAUGGUCUCGGGCCUGGUCUGCAGGGGUCCUAUGAAGAAGGUGGAAUCCCAUGGAGGGUGUCAGUCCAGACCAGCCCCUCCAAGAACCAGUGGCUGAUGGGAUCAAGCAAACAGGAAAGGCAGUAGGAGAAUACCAGGUUAACCCAGGAGCCUUCCUAGACAGCCCAGCGUAGACUCCACCCCUGAUCUCUGUCCUGCCUGCAUCCUCUGGAUCCACCUUUGCAGAGCGUUCCUGGGCUGGCCAGCCUCUGCCCUUCAGCGCUCUAGACCUUUCACUCUCACCCAAACCUGACACCAUCUCAUUUCUGGCCCCUGGUGCUCAGAGGGCUGCUCUCCAGGGGCUUCCUGUCAUCUCCACUACCCCCUUGGUCCAGCCCCUCUCCUGCAGCCUGCUCCCUCACCUUUGCAUAGCCCUCCAGGAUUCUCACCUCCCUGGCCUGGCUCCAGGUCCUCCCUCAGCCACUUGAGCAAACACCAAGGCUCCCAUGCCGACACCAGCAGUUACCUAGGGCCAUGAGGCUCGCAGCAUGCCUACUUUUGGAGACCCUAUGUCUGAGACAGUUUCCUGUGGAAAAGCACACCCUCUUGUGACAGCUGCUCCUGCCAGCAGCACUUCUCCCUGACCCAGAGGGGCCUUGUUUCACCAAACACUGUGCCUGCUGCCCGGGGCCCACGG